AUGUUUUCCCGAACAGGUCUAUUUAGCCAUUUCUCAGGCGCAGUGAAAGCCUCAGUCUCUGGCCGAGCCGCAUCUCAGUUCCGACUGGCAAGCUCCAAGGCGUCGUCCGGCCAUGCCAGACAGGCCCGUCUCAUUCCAAACACAGCCAUCGCUCUGGCUAUUGGCCUGGGUCUCUACUCUCUGGACGCCCGAUCUGCCAUCAACGAGUACGUGUGGUGUCCGCUGAUCCGGCUGCUCACCGACGCAGAAACAGGCCACAAAUUGGGCGUCUUCAUGAUCAAAAACGGCCUCUCUCCUAGACUGUUGGCUGACGUCGACGACCCGGUGCUGCAGGUGCAGGUCUUCGGCAAAACGCUCUCCAACCCUCUGGGAAUGGCCGCGGGAUUUGACAAGGAGGGGGAAGCCAUCGACCCGCUGCUGGAUCUCGGCUUCUCGUACGUCGAGAUCGGCUCGGUCACCCCAUUUCCCCAGCCGGGUAACCCUGCCCCCCGGUUUUUCAGGCUGGGCAAGGACGACGCGGUGAUCAACAGAUACGGGUUCAACUCUUCCGGCCACUGGGCUGUGCUUGGCAAGCUGCGCCAGCGGUACGAGAAGCUGUUUGCAAAGAACCCGAAUUGCGCCAACAACUCGUUCAGAGACAACAAGCUGCUGGGCAUCAAUCUCGGCAAGAACAAGACCGGCGACGAAGUGCAGGACUAUGUGGCUGGUGUGCAGCGGGUCGGCGAGUACGCGGACGUGCUGGUGAUCAACGUGUCGUCGCCCAACACUCCAGGUUUGCGUGAUUUGCAGAAUGAGGCAAAACUGACCAAUCUGCUCACGCAGGUGGUUGCAGAAAGAAAUCUGCUACCGGGAAAAAUCACGGACAGGGACACCAAGCCGCCGGUGUUGGUGAAGAUCGCGCCAGACCUGACGGAGCCGGAGAUUGAGUCUAUUGCCAAGGCUGCGAAGCAGGCCAAGGUCGAUGGAAUUAUCAUGUCCAACACCACGGUCCAGAGACCGACGGACAGAAUGCUCACCACCGACCAGAACCUGCUUAGCCAGGCCGGUGGAUUGUCGGGAAAACCGUUGAAAGAGAUCUCCUUGAAAGCAUUUAGACUGCUUAGAAAGCACACAAAGGACAGUAACCUCGUGCUCGUCGGAUGCGGAGGAAUCAGCUCUGGAAAAGACGCUUUAGAUUUUGCCAGAGCAGGAGCCACUUUUGUCCAGCUAUACACGGCCUUUGCCUACAAGGGUCCGGGCCUUGCCAGAAAGAUCAAAGACGAGAUCACGGAAGAGUUGAAAAAGGAAAACAAGACCUGGAUGCAAGUUGUUGGCGAGGACGAUAAAUAG